UCAAUCAGGAUUGGUUAUUAAUGUGGCACAAUGAUGGAUUCCAACCACAGCCUGAAAUUGGACAGUGCUCCACUGCUUGACCAGAAGAGUUUGACGCAGCCAAGUACUUCUGAUAGUCUCCAGCUUCCUGCAGGAGAAAAGCUAGGAAGUUCAAUCUUCAAUGAAGAUUCAGACCAAAAAUAUGUUCUCAGACAAUCUGUGGCAUCAAAAGAAAAUGAGGUCACUAAGCAUGUUCAGGAGACAUCUGGUCAGAAAAUGGCCAUACAGAGAGCAGACGUACUUUAUCAUCGGGAAAGUAACAAUUCAAUGAAAGCAUCAGGUCAUGUAAGAGCUGGAAAAUCAAUGGCUCAUGACAGGCAGUUCAUAAGUUAUGGGGAUGAUGAACCUAUGUUGUCAUCCCUGGAACCAGAGGAUGACAUAGUACCACACUAUAUAAGACUAUUCAGGCCUAUGAUUGUCAAAUGUGUGGAUAGUCUUCACUUGCUUCCCAUGAUGAGAGACAUUUUUGAAGAUCAAGGAGAAAGGACACAAAUUAAGGGAAUAUCAAGGAGUGAAGGAACACAAGCUGGUAUGGAGGAAUUCCUGAAUCGGUUGACAACAAAGAAACAGCAUCCAGAUCGAUGGACUCGCUUUGUUCAUGCAUUAAAAGAAGCUGAUUACGAGUAUGUAUCUAAAGUUCUGGAAAAACAAGAAGUCAUUCACACAGACAUAUUCACAACUCAAACACGUCUCAUAGACAUUUUUGCACAUGAAAUUUACAAAAAACUGAAGCCAAGUGAAAUUGUCCCUGAUUUGUUUGCAAAAAGAGUUAUAAACAGGGAUAUUAAAGAUGCUGUGAUGAUUGAUGAGCGAAACAAUGGAGAAGCCUCAGCAACAAUUGUCCUUAUUGAUAAUAUAUGGCGAUGUAAAAAGAACUGGUACAAAAUCUUCUUAGAGGUUCUUUACAACCAUGAUUAUGGGGAACUUGUAAAAAAGAUAGAUGACUCAUUUCUUGAGAAAAGAAAACAGAAACUUCAGGAAGAUGAAGAGCACCUGGUUAGCUCGGAUUUUGAUGAAGGGAAAGGUGCCUUGUCCAAGGAGACCGAAAAGAGUCAGAGGGAUAAAUCUGAGCAAAGCAGUGACAAAUCAAAAUCUCGCGAGCUACAGAGAGAGAUAUCUCACAAUUCCAUGUCACCAAAUAAACAAGAGCAGGAUAAAACCAACUCUAUACAGGAAGACUAUCUCUCAAAGACAUUUGAAGUUGAGAAAUCUGUCAACAAUUUGAGUGGAAAUCCUUUGGAAGAAAGCCUGGAUAUCGAAUUCGCAGAAUUGUCUCAAAACUUUGAUGAAUCUUUAUCUAUCCAUGGAGACACUGAACAAACCCGUAGAAAACUAACAGACGGAUAUGAUGCUGACAACAGAACUUUAUCAUCUAACUUGAUUAACAGAAAUUUGUCAUCCAACAUGGACAACAGAAAUUUGUCAUCCAACGUAGACAACAGAAGUUUGUCAUCCAACGUGGACAACAGAAGUUUGCAGUCGAACACUGACAACAGGGUGGCUAGUUAUCCAGAUCUGGACUCGAUGGCUGUUGUGAAUGCUUGUCAGAGUCUGGAUAGAGAGGUGGAAUCUUCUACAAGUCGACCAAACAUUAUCAACAGUGGUUCCAGUGGAAGCCUUAUGGAAACAAACAAACGUGUUAAUUUGGACGAAUCAGAUGACGAUGAUGAAGAUCUUGCUGUUCCGAAAGAAAAGUUGGAACUAAGAAGUUAUCAGAUGGAGCUGGCAAGGCCCUCUCUAGAGGGCAAGAACUCUGUCAUUGUAGCCCCCACUGGAAGUGGAAAAACACAUGUGGCACUCUAUAUUAUCAAGGACCACAUGGAGAAAAUAAAAUCUGUAAGACACCCAAAAGUUAUUUUCUUGGUGGAACAAAGUGCCCUGGCAGAGCAACAAGGCAAACAGUGCAUGACUUAUCUCCCUUAUAAAGUCAAGGUCAUUACUGGGGAAACUCAAAGAAAUGAAAGGAUGAAGACAUUAAAUGAAUGGAUAGAAAGACGUGACUUGCUGGUGGUGACAGCUCAGAUUCUGUUGAAUGCACUACGAGAUGGAAUCGUCAGUGUUACUGACUUUUCAUUAAUGGUGUUUGAUGAAUGUCACCAUGCCAACGACAACCACUCCUACAACAUGAUCAUGAAUAAAUACUUGGACAUCAAAUUUCAGGAAAGGGAGAAUGCUAAAAAUCUACCAAUGAUUGUUGGCAUGACAGCCUCUGUUGGAGUGGGGAAAGCUUCAGAUGAGGAGAGGGCUAAAAGGCAUAUUGAGAAAGUUAUGGCAAACAUGGAUGCUGAAAUGAUUGUAACUGUGACAGAGAACAGACGAGAACUGGCCCAACAUGUCAACAUACCACAGCAAAAACUCUACAAGGUGCAUAGAAGAGAAAAGAAUUAUUAUGGAACACUUGUUGAAAAGUUAAUGGAUGCUACAGAGAAACACAUGAAGAAUUCCAAAUAUCUUGAGCUAGUUAAGUCUCCAGAUGCUGUUAUAAAGCCUCCCCUGGAGAAGGGUUCUGAUCAGUACACACAGUGGGUCAGCAUGCUGUGGAGGGAGACCGCUAAAAUCAACGACCAGGCUGCGGGACGAUUCUAUGACACAUGUCGUAGAUAUCUCGAUUUAUACAACAAGGCUCUGAUUAUCUACAAAGAUGCCCGGCCAAGUGAUUCCUUGUCAUUUAUCCUGAAAGAAACCAAAAAAUGGGAGCAGACUGUCAUAGCUGACGAAACAGAACGGAAAAUGAAGAGGAUGUUUGAUAAAACUAAAGAUUUACUUGAAAAGUGCACUGAAGACCCUAAGCACAAAAACCCCAAACUUGAAGCCCUGAAACACAUGAUUGUGGAAUACUUCAAGGAAAAUCCCGACUCCAGAGUGAUUGUGUUCGUCAAAACCAAAGAGUUAGUCAAGGCCAUAGAGACAUUUAUGAAUGAAACUGAUGAAUUACGUAAUCUCAAUCCAAAGCAGUUUGUUGGGGUUCAAGCCAAUAAGGAAAAAGGAGGAAUGACAAAGGUGGAACAGGACGAGAUCCUGAGAUUGUUUAGAGAAGGGAACCACAAAGUCAUCAUUGCCACUUCUGUUGCAGAAGAAGGGCUUGACAUACAGAAAUGUAGCCUGGUGGUACGAUAUGAUCAUGUGACCAAUGAAAUAGCCAUGGUCCAAUCAAGAGGAAGAGGAAGGGCAGAAGACAGUAAGUUUGUUAUUCUGGCUUCAGAAGACACAAAUACACAAAAAAAGGCAGAACUGAACAUGAUUAAAGAGUCGUGGAUGAACAAAGCCAUUGCUAGCGUCAGGGAAGAACUGAAUAGGGACAAAGAUGCAGUCCUCAGAAGAGUGAGGGAAAUCCAACAUGAAGCAAAGAUAGCGAGAGACAUAGCUCUGAAAAAUAGGAAAGCAGCUCAGGCCAACUUGGGGGAGUUCAAAAUCACGUGCAAAUCAUGUCGAAACUUCAUUUGCAUGUCAACUGAUAUAAAGAAAAUUGAGAAUGCUCACCACGCUGCUAUCAACGAGGACAUCAUGGAAAAUGUGAAUGUUAUGAUUUCUGUUCCAGAUUAUCAAGAUGAAAAUAUGAGCUGUGGAGCUGGGAAAAUAUUUUGUAAUAAAUGUGGGAAUCCAUUAGGGAACAUUACAAUCUAUAAGAAUGCCCAGUUCUGUAUUCUGAAGUGUGAGUUCUUGAACAUGAUUGACAGUGCUGGCAAUGGGGUCUCAAAAAAGCGCUGGAAACAAGUCCCAUUUUUUGUUCCUCCGUUGACCUCUGCUGACCUUGAGAAGAGAAUUGAAGGAGAAAAAUACAUUGAGUGUUAAAGAAUAUGUUUGCUUACCAACUUACUUUUGCUUAUAAUUGACGAUUUAAAAGAAGUUUCAAAUGAUUGAAAACAUUUACCCGACAAUAAUUGAAUCUAUGUAGUAAAAAUAAGAAUUC